AGAAUGGCAAGAACAGCCUUACUGAAUCUGGUCAAACGGCCCCUUGCCACCUCCGCGCAGCGCAUUUUGACUUGCAGCAAAACGGAUUUGCACAAGUUUGGUGGAGUUCGCUAUUUCAGAACUUCUCUUCCUGUCAAAGCAAAUGACACGAUCGGUCAGGUUUUAGAGCCUGACUCAAGCCGUGGAGUUCGUAUCAACCCCGAAGCAUAUGAAGCUGUGAAAGGAACUCCAAGGUCCAGUGAAUAUGACAGUAUUAACGAGCAAGAUCCACUCGGGCAUCAAUAUGGAACCGGUGGAAACGAUGACAUCUUCGGAGAAUGGGGUCUGGAUAAAGAUGAUUUUUGGCCGGCUGGACGGUGUCUCGCCAUGACUGUUGGCGGCUUGAGCUUGUUUGGUGUCUUCUGGCAGUACUUGAAGUCCACGAACAUUCAACCAGUUGCUGCCCCGAGAGAGGGUGUUUGGAGCAUGGAGUGAUAAGGUUGUACAUCACGGAUGCUUUUCAUUUUUGCUUUCCAUUGUUGAGAUCAGCGAUGUUGUAGAGAAAUACAGUGCGAACAUAGUAGAGAAGUUCAUGCCGUUCUUGUGAUUGGAUAGCCAACUGC